AUUUUUGUAGGAAAUAAACUCCAUUUUCCUCGGCAGUCACCAUUAUCACGUACACUAUCAUUACAUUCCUAGCUUUCAUGAAAGCAACCCAUCGUGGUUGGUGCAUGCUAGAAUACUAAUAUCCCUAUUCGCCGUCAAACUUCAAUAAACUAUUCCUUAAUUUUCCAAGAAUUAAUAAUCCAAGAUGUGGGCGCUGUUCAGAGGUGCAAAGACAAUCCAAACAGAUGAGAACCAAAGUGGAGAUAAUGGUAGAAGCUUCAAUGUGAAUGAGGAGUAUCUGUGUGCAUUCAGAACAAAAUCCUAUUCUGAUUUCUUCUUGAAAGCUCAAGAAUUAGUUAAAGAGCCGCCGUCUCACGCGUUCGCUGAGAUCCUUCUCGAGCCUGGGCAAGAAACUAUAACAGCCAUUCUUGAUUCCUCAAAAUUUCCUGAUCUUAAACCCCUUCUCUCCAAAUUCUUCGAAAUCAGCGCCGAGGCUUCCAAAUUCUGCACCACCCUUCUGGGAACCAUCAAUCAUCUUCAAUCUCACUUUAACUUCAUCCAACAAGCCCUCGACGAUGACCGCGCCGUUUCAGAGCUCCGUAUUAUUCUUGACAACCCAUUUUCCGACCUGGAGAAACAAAUUAGCUUCACGCGAAUUCGCGACGAGUAUUCAACCAUGUUGCUACGCUUGAAAUCCAAGAGGAAAACCGUGGUGAGGAAGAUGGGGCCGGCGGUUUUGAGCAUACCGUUAAAACCGUUGAAGAAACUGACAAACAUGCGGUUCCUGAAACGUGGGAUUUUAAGGAUAGGUGAACAACUUGAUGUUGCAGCCAAGGGGACUUACAUUGUGAAUACAGAUUUGGAGACGAUAAGUAGACUCGUAUGGCGGCUUCAGGAUGAGAUGGAACAUAACAAGGCAAUCAUAAAGUUGUGUUUGGAUAAAAAGGAGGACAGGUUUUCUGUUAAAGUAGUAGUGUUGAUGAAGGAGAUGAAGAAGAACAGUGUUGGGCUGGGAAAACAAGUGGAGGAACUUCAACAACAUCUUUACUUGUGCCUUGUCACUAUUAAUCGCCUUCGGGCUUUGCUCAUCAAUCAAAUUGCAAAAUCUAAUUCUUUCAAUCUUUAA